AAAAUCGAUCAAUUUUGAUUUACUCAGCGAAAUUAACAACAAAUUGGUUACGCGCUGCGUUAUCUAAAGUUCCCGUGACGCAUAUAGCAGGAAUUGCAGCAGAGCGAAUGCUCGUAAAUGUCGAUGUGGGCGUUCAUAUGCAGAUAAAAUCCUUUAGCAUUGAUGCUCUGCCGGCAGCUGUGCGAGUAUGUCGACGACGGAGAGUGAGCUGCUUCGAAACAUAAAUGAGAAAAUCGAACUGAUUGAGCCUAGCACAGGAAAACUGUUUUUCGAACACAAAACUGAGCUGGUGUUUGUGAACCCGCGCCUGAUGCCCCUAAAGUCUCAGGCCUUGGAGAGUCUCGAGGAAAUGCAUCGAGAAACUGCACGCCAGCUGCAACAGAAACGCACAAAGCGCAACAAUAACAGCAACAACAAUAACAAGAAAGAGACCGCUGCUGAAGCCGAAGCAUUGGCUUCGGCCAUCUAAUAAUAAGGAUCAUCAAGUAUAAUUA